UUUGUUUGGGUCGUAUUUCCGGGUGGCGGAGCGGCGUCGAGGUGCCACACGCUGCCAGCCGCCAACCGCGUCUUAUUUUCCCACUCUUCCGCGGUGCCUUGACCCCCUGCCAACUAUUCGGCGGCGGAGAUCGCAUUCUCGAAAGGUAGAAGGCAUCGAUAAUACGCACAUUCGAUUAAAAGAAGAGGGAGAGAAUCGCCAAAUAAUUUGAUCGAAGGGCGGACAAAGGCGCAGCGCCGGAACGCGAGCGGGAUGUAGCGAGCGAUGUGAGGCUCAGGAGACAGAGGGACGAAGGGAGAAUGCAACGCAAUUCUCCCUUUUUCAUGCGUAGUUUCCUCUUUGUGGACCCCCGCUCGCGCUGAAACUCGUACUAUGUCGUAGAGAGUGCCAAGACGAGGCCAAGAUGUGAGGCAAGAGACGAGGAGGAGGAGCUGGGAGGUGCAGAAGCGAGUGUUAUUGCGAAGGGGGGAGCGUCUAGGUGUCCGAGGCUCUUUGGACUUGUUUGGGGAAAUCAGCUGAUUGGAACGUGAACGUCAGAGCCCCUUCGCACGAGACGCUAAAAGGAAAAAAAGGCCUUUGUUUACAUUUUUUAUUCGGUUUAUAUCGUCUCCCCUCUCGUUUGAGUUUAAUUAUUGUCAUUGUUUUUAUUUGAUUUUGGGUUCUGUUGUCCGUAUGCCCAGUCCGUCAUGUCCCAGAACUUUCAAACGACGUACCAGCCCCUGGAUGGGGGGGACACCGAGGGAGUGCCUUUGGGGGAGGAGAGGGAGCGUGACGAUGACCUCUCCCCCGAUACCCACUCCAGCAUGGUGUUCCAUGUAGUGCCCAAGUCGAGCAAGUCAAGAUGGAACCACCUGGAAGACCUCGACUCCUUUUUCACGAGGGUCUACCAGUAUCACCAGAACCAUGGCCUCCUGUGCAUGAUGCUGCAGCAGUGCUUCGAGCUGGCGCAGUUUAUAUUUGUGAUAGUGUUCACCACGUUCCUCCUCACGUGCGUGGACUAUGAUAUCCUAUUCCGCAACAAGUUCCCUGCUAACUUCCACCCCAACAUUACGGACAAGAUCACCCUGCCAGAUGUCAUCCGCACUCACGACCAGUGCAUGGAGCACUACACCUGGAAGCUGGUGAUGGUGAUCCUACUGGCCUCAGUGUUCUGGUUCCUGCGCCUGGGACACGCAGGAUUCACCUUCUUCCAGUUCUGGGAGAUCAAACUCUUCUUCAACAAAGCCCUUGGCAUCCAGGACCAGGACCUCGGCAACAUCACGUGGGAAGAGGUGGAACAGCGCGUCAUGGAAGUACAGGU